CACACCAUUUCUAUACUAUCUAUAGGAAGAAAAUUAUGUCUUUAAAAAAAUUCGCAGUGGUGUAUUUCGAAGAAAACGAAUCUUUCUCCGAAAUUCCAUCCUCAUGGUUAAACGAGGACAUGAAAUAUUGCAAGUGGCCAAAAUCGCUGAAUCCCACAGCGUUAAUGGUUAAGGGGAUAGAACCCUCUGACACAUGGGGGAAUUAUAAAGUUAGAGUUGAGAAGUUUUAUGAUACGCUGGAAGCUGCACGAAAGCAUGCUGGAACAGAUUACACAUCAAGUGAAGAGGUCGAAACUGGAAGGGGGAAAAGAAAAAAGACCAGUGUAACUAAAUCAACGUCUACUGACGAUGAAGAGUCUACUAAAGAUAGUCCACCUCCAACUCUUAAGAAAAGGAGAUCUUCGCCACGUUUCUCUAAGCGAGAAAACACACGCCAAUCUUCUACGAAUAACGUUAAUAAUAAUGAAAACUUGCUAUCAUCAUCGCAAGAACAUGGACAAAAUGUACCGAUGGCAUCAAAUACAGGCAGCAUCAUUGAAUCUAAUGAAGGUGCAGACCAGAUACGUCCACUAGACAAUUCCAUAGUGCUCGAUUUUGGAAAUUCCACGUUGCAGGAACUAAUACAUACUUGCGAUCACAGACACGAUUUUGACAAUAUUCAUACAAACAUGAAAAAAAUAUUCGUGCAGAUAAAAUCUCUGGAAUCCAGAUUGGAACAAUUGAACAAUCAAAACCAAACAAACAUUAUAUCAAUAAACACAGAGGAGGUUCAGACAAAGCUCCCAUUAAAUACGCUAGAGGAAUUAAGCACCUUGGAAAACAUUGUGGCUGAGGAAGGGGAGUUUUCACAUAAAUUUACCUCAUACUUACAAACCAUUGGCGGCAAAAAUGCAAAAGACGCCCUAGUUAACAUGCUUCGGAAAGUAUUCACCAAUAAAUUAGCAGUAAGCUGCUCCUGGCAUGGCCUUAGGGGGAAUUUUAAAUUAUCAAAUUUAAAAUUUAUGAACAGGAUAAUAGCUGCUGAACAACGUAUGUAUAACAGCAUCCAAGAGCACGAAAUAAUUACCAUUAUAAAUGAUUGGUUUCGUCAAGCUAGAUUAAGAGAAACCAGGGAAAGAAAUUAGCAGCCUAAUAAAUGUAAUAAUAAUAAAUGUUGCUUUUUUGUUUUUAUUUUACCAUAUUGGUAUCUUAAUUUUUUAAUUAUAUCCCGUAAAAUAAGAAUUUCCUUGUUUAAUAAGUGUGCUCAUACAUAAAUAGUUCUUUGUAAUAAAUUAUUUACUUUU